AAGGAUAAAAAGUUAGGAGCCGUCAACAAUUUCAAACAAUCGGAUUUUCUCGGUGAGGUCUCUGUUAGGGCAAAGGUGACGUUUUUUAAGGGGUAUCUUGAAUCCAGUGCAAGUCUCAGCAACAAAUGGAGACCAGGAUCAGAUUUGGAUCAUCUACCAGUCCAUGCAGGAUGAGCCAUGAUGAAGAUGGGAAAGAGCAGCUUUUGGAGGCAAAAGAAAACGGUGACCCAGACGAAAUCGUGCAGUGUCCUUUUGACAAAAACCACCAGAUCCGCCACUGCAGGUUUCCAUAUCACAUUCUUAAAUGCAGGAAGAAUCACCCGAAGUUGGCCGAGGAGCUGAAAGCAUGUCCUUUUAAUGCUCGCCACCUGAUUCCCAAACAAGAGCUGGCUCACCAUGUUGAGAUCUGUGAGAAUCGUGCAGACCCUACAAAAUCUGAAGGCAAAGAUAAAAACUGUGCAUGGUAUGUUCCUGUUGUUGCACGGGAAAAUUCAUGCAAGACUGAGGACUGGGACAUGGAAGCAGAAGACCAUGCUGUUCCAUUUGUGUGGGGCGCUAACCCCCAGCUGAAUGAACAGCCCAUCAACAAUCUUCCUCCACGUUUUGAAGCACCCAAUGGCCUCCCCUGGGCAUCUUUUAGACAGUAAUGGUUAUUAAUGCAGACCUUUUUAUAACCAUGCAUUCUUUAACCUCGGUUAUAAAAAGUUUUAAUUAAAAUACAUUUUAAGUUUGGGUUCAGCAUUCUAUUGAACUUUUUCUUUUACUUUUGUUGGUCAAUUUUUCAAAGCAUCUUUUAUACUAGAUGUGACCUGAAUGCAGACGAGCCUUUAUUAUUGUCUUUUAUAUCUCUGUAUUGCUUUGUUGUUGGAUGCUUAAAAGGCUUUAUUGCAAAUGUUUGAACAAAUAAGUGCUGAAUGCAGUGGUCAAAAUGCAGCAGGUUUUUAUUUUUAUAUAUAUAUUUUAUUUUUUUAAACCAAUUUUUACUGUUUUUUUGUCAAAUUGGUACUGUUGUUGAAGUAAUGAUGCAAGUGUUAUUUUAUUUUAUUUUUUACAGCCCUGUUUAUGCACAACGCAAAAUAAACGUAACAAUUCGAAGCAGAAAAA